UUCUAACCCAACCAAUUUUUCUCUUCCUUUCCUCCAUUUAUCUCUCUCUAUUUCAUAUGUAUGCGUGAGUGGAGAAUUUUGUGCAAGAGAAACAAAAAGCAAUAUCUUGGUUUUGUUCAUAUAAAAGAUUUGGGAUUCUUCUUUGAAAGUUUUCUAGAAAGGUUUCUUGAGAUCUCAAUAGUUUCAUUGAGGAGGAGGGAGAGCACAUACACAUAUAGAAAAGAUCGAGAAAGGAAGGUAGAAAGAAGCAGAGAAACGAGGAUAAUUGGAAAUGGUUUUCAUGUCUGAGAUUUUGUUUGCAGAGGAAGAGAUGGUUGAAGAUGGAGAGUGGGAGAAGAGAGAUAAUAUUCACAACCCCCAGUAGCAGCAGCAGAACAUAAAAUAGCAAUACAUAUUCAUAUAUACACCUUUCUUCAUAUACUCAUCUAGUUCAUUUUCAUCUCCUUCUGCUGGAAAUUUCUGCAAAUGUCUGCUACCAUAAUCAGUGAUCCUAUGGUGGUAUCAACCCCAGAAACCCAACCAGCUUCAGCUGCAACAUCAACUAAACUAACUGCAGCCCAAGCGGAAGUGGAGUUUGCCAAAUGUGAUUGCUGUGGUCUAACCGAAGAGUGCACCCCAGCUUACAUUGAAAGAGUACGGGAGAGAUACCAUGGCAAAUGGAUUUGUGGGCUAUGUGCGGAAGCUGUAAAAGAUGAGAUUGUGAGGGUUACAGAGAGGCUUAUCAGCACAGAAGAAGCCAUGGCUAGGCACAUGAACUUUUGCAAGAAAUUUGUAUCCUCUGGCCCUCCUCCUGACCCAACUAUCCUUUUGAUAUCUGCUAUGAGACAGAUUCUUAGAAGAAGUUUGGAUUCUCCAAGAGGGUUAAGAUCAACCCCAUCUAGUCCUACCAAUACUAAUGGACAAAUGCGAGCUGCUGGGCUUGCUAGGUCUGAAAGUUGCUUCCCUACUUUGUCUGGUUGAUACAUGUGGACUGCGAGGGGAUCAAUAAAAAAUCACAGAAGGGGAUACUGGAGAAAAUUACAGUUCAUUUGAUGCAAAUAAGAAAGAGGGGAAAAGGGCAAAAAAGGGAAAAGCAAAAAAGAAAGAGGGAAAAAAUUUUGGACUUAGGUGCUUAAUAGUAGUUAUUUAGAUGUUAAAAUUAAAUACAGAACUUCCUUUGUCAGAAUAUGAAAUCCCAUUUUUCCUGAGACUUUAUGUUUCAGUUGUAUUUGUAAAAAAUGUCUUCUUUAAAUUCUUGCUCUUUUGUUUACUAAAUUAUAUAAAAAAUUAUAUGUCUCAA